UAAGGGAGAAGCAGGGGAGUGGUUUGGGAUCGGGGUGAAGCGUGGAAAGGAGGGUACGAAGCUGCUCGUUUAGGGUUCGCCGCCCCCUCUCGCCGUGCUGAUAGAUCUCCCGGUCCGUGCCGUGCUGCACGGGGUCGGAUCUGACGGCGGGCAUCGGUUUUCCCUGUUUCGGCCGCAGUUCGUGUUAGGAUUUUGGAUCUCGUGCUGUUUGAUGGGUAGAUCUUAAUCUGCUACUGUUCGUCUUUUUGGUUCUUCCUGCACAUAAAAUGGCUCUGGGAGUGUAAAGGAAUCGCUUUGGCCUCCAUAACAUCUUCUCUCUGUUGUUGACGUAAGGCGUGUGGUCUCCUUCCAAUUAAUGAUCGUUACUGUACAUCUUCCCCUUUCCGUAACCGCGUCGGCCUCUGUGUUUGGCGUGCGCACGAAGAAGCGGAAGAAGAUUUUACGUUCAUUUCACUAACUACGCUGAUUUUUUUUCCUCGCGCCUUUGUGAUUUCCAUGACUCCCAACUUGGACAGUCCUGUUCAGACCCAAAUGGCAGUUGCAGUGUUACAUUCUUCCAGUGGUGAUUUCUGUGGCAACAGAGUUUGCGAUGCUAAACCAGUAGGAAAGAGACGAGUCUUUGUCCAGACCGAGACUGGCUGUGUGCAUGUUCUCCAGUUAGACCGUCGAGAUAACGUGCACACUGUGAAGAGAAAACUGCAAAUUGUUCUCAAUGUUCCCACUGAGGAGAGCUCGCUCACGUUUGGUGAUCUUGAGUUAAAGAAUGAUCUGAGUGCUGUCCGCAGUGAUUCCCCAUUGCUUCUAACUCGCAAUUCCAUGCACAGGAGUUGCUCUACUCCAUGCCUGUCCCCGACCAUGAAAGAUUUUGAACAAAGGGACUUUGGUGGGCCAAUUGAGAUUUUGGGUUGCUCAAGUUGCUGUGCUCGAACGAAACAGCUUAUCAAGGAUGCGGCAAAGGCUAUCAAAAUUGGCAUUGAUCCUGUUCCUAUUCAUAAUGGACUUGGAGGUGCCUACUACUUCAGGAACAAGAAGGGUGACAAAAUUGCAAUUGUGAAACCAACUGACGAGGAGCCAUUUGCACCUAACAACCCUAAAGGUUUUGUUGGAAGAGCCCUUGGUCAGCCAGGUCUUAAAAGGUCCGUGCGUGUUGGGGAGACCGGCUUCAGGGAGGUUGCUGCAUAUCUUCUGGACUAUGGAAACUUUGCAAAUGUUCCUCCGACUUCGCUAGUAAAGAUCACCCACUCUGUGUUCCAUGUAAACAAUGAGAUGAAUAACAGUAAUUGGAAUGGAGUUAGGAAGCAACGGGUUAUCAGCAAGAUUGCUUCAUUCCAGCAGUUCAUGCCACAUGACUUUGAUGCCAGCGAUCACGGAACAUCGAGUUUUCCUGUUGCCGGGAUACAUAGAAUUGGCAUUCUUGACAUCCGUAUUUUCAACACCGAUAGGCAUGCUGGGAAUUUAUUGGUGAGAAAGAUUGAGAAUGGGGUUGGUAGAUUCGGAGGAAGAAUGGAGUUGAUCCCUAUAGAUCAUGGUCUCUGCUUGCCAGAGGGCUUGGAGGAUCCUUAUUUCGAGUGGAUUCACUGGCCGCAGGCAUCUGUGCCAUUUUCGGAGGAUGAGUUAGAAUACAUAGCUAAUCUUGAUCCAGUUAAAGAUUGUGACAUGCUUCGGAUGGAACUGCCAAUGAUUCGGGAAGCCUGCCUCCGAGUUUUGGUUUUGUGCACAAUUUUCCUGAAGGAAGCAGCAGCUUUUGGGCUUUGCCUAUCGGAGAUUGGCAAGAUGAUGAGCCGAGAAUUUAGUGGAAUGGAAGAAGAGCCCAGUGAGUUGGAGGUCAUAUGCAUGGAAGUAAGGAAGUUUGUGGAAGAGAGGGAGGUAUUUUCCUUGAAUUCUGAUCUUGAAGAGGAAGACACAUUCCAGUUUCUCAUGGAAUACAACGAGGAAGAUCAGCAUAUUAUGUAUAACUCACUGCAAUCCUUUGGUUGUGGACUCACUGGAGGUUGCUCGAGAAACCCUCUGUCGAAGUUGGAGGAAAGCAUAGAGGAAGAUGAUGAGGACAGUGACGAGGAGAAUAAAAAUAUAACCGUGGCAGAAAGCAAUGGCUUCUCAAGUCAUCAGGGGAAGCUACCUUACACCGCCAACCUUUCUGCAUCACUCAAGUCCAUCAGCCUCAAUGAAAAGGCACAAAGGAACAAGGUUGGAGCUUACAACCUAAACGCUGCUCUUAGGAAGGUGAUCAAUAGGGAUAGUGUGGGUGUAAAGAGCAGGAGCGCCGAAGAAAAGCUUCCUUCUAGUGCCAGUUUCGUGAAGCUCUCUGACAUGGAUGAAGAACAAUGGGGGGCUUUUCUCGAACAUUUUCAGCAGUUGUUAUCAAAUGCAUUCCGCAAUCGCAAAAGCUUGACCUCUAGCCAGAAGCUGAAGCAAAGAUUGGGCACUUCUUGCCAGUUUUGAGUAGGAUGGAGACUAUAGAGGAGGAGAAAAAGGGUUUGGGUUGUGCUUGCUAAUGUUUUCAAGUUUUGUUGGUUGGGCUUGCCCUUUUCUUGUAGGUGUCAUACGCUUUAUCCAAUGUUGUGGGAAUAACUAACACCUCAGAAAUUGGUGAGAAAGUGAGCUUGUGCCUUGUGCUGCUCUCUGUAUAUUUGUAGGUUGUAGUUGUUUGAAAUAAAACUAGAAAAAAAAAACUCAUCUAAUGUCUUUGUAGUUCUAUAAA